AUGCUGCGCAACAUCUCCUUGGGUUUCAGCAUUUAUAAUGACUACUUCACUGGAAGCUUUACUUAUCUUGCUUCUCUGGAGCUCCUCUCCACAUGGGACAAGUUCAUUCCAAACUAUAAAUGCGAUGCUCAAAGUACUAAUAUGGCUGUGAUUGGGGGACCAGACUCCCAGGCAUGUCUUUCCAUGGCAACCAUUCUGACCAUCUACAAAAUGCCCCAGCUUGGAUACGGUUCUUCCCCUAUGAUUAAUGAUCAAUCUGAACAAUUCCACAUCCAAUGGAUGUUCCCGAAUAUAAACCAGCAAUAUGUGGGGGUGCUGCAGUUGCUUAUGCUUUUUUCAUGGACCUGGAUUGGAGUCAUUUAUAUACAGGAUGACAGUAGCCUCAGUUUUAUGCAGCAUGAACUUCCCAAGUUAUCUGCAGGAGGUAUCUGCUUUGACUUCAUCAAACCAUUCCCAAAUGUGUAUUUCAAAACUAGCAUUCAGGAAAUGAUAGAGUCCUGGUUUAAACUGUACCUCUUGAUAAGCGACAGCACAGCCAGUGUUGUGUUCUUACAUGGAGAAAUUCACACUACCAUCUUCUUGAGAAUGUUCCCCAGAAUUUUGGAACUUGAAAAUGUGCAAAUGAAGAGAGCCAAAGUUUGGAUUAUGACCGCACAGAUGGAUUUCAUGUCUCUUCCCUUUCAACAAUCUUGGGAUCUAGAUAUCCUUCAUGGUUCUUUAGCCUUUGCAACUCAGUCAAAAGAACUGGUGGGUUUCCAACAUUUUCUUCAGAUGAGAAACCCUAAUGUGGAAACCAGAGACGGUUUUAUUAAGGACUUUUGGAAACAGGCAUUUGAUUGUUCCUUCCCAACUUCCUUGGAAGAGGACAAUGUUUGGAAUCGCUGCAGUGGGGAGGAAAAGCUAGAGGCUCUUCCUAAAUCUGUUUUUGACAUGAGAAUCACUGCCCAUAGCUAUAGUGUCUACAAUGCAGUUUAUGCUGUAGCCCAUGCAUUGCAGUCCAUGACUUCAUUAAAGUCCAAACACAGAACUAUGUUUGAAAAAGGACAAAAUAAACUCCUGAAUCAACAGCUGUGGCAGUUCCACCGCUUUCUAAGAAAAGUCUCAUUUAACAACAGUGUUGGGGAAAUGAUUUCCUUUGAUCAAAAUGGAAACCUGGAAGCAGGAUUUGAUAUUGUCAACUGGGUCACAUUCCCAAAUCUAAGUCUACAUCGAGUCAAAGUGGGAAAAUUUAACCCCAGAGCGAUCAAAGGCAAAGUUUCCAGUGUUAAUGUCAAAGCCAUUAGGUGGCCAAGAAGGUUUAACCAGGCUCAACCUCUGUCUUUGUGCAAUGAACCCUGCCAUAAAGGCCACAGCAAGACCAAGAAGGAAGGGAAGCCAUUUUGUUGUUAUGAUUGCCUUCCAUGCCCAAGAGGAAAAGUUUCAGAUCAGAUGGACAUGGAUUCUUGUUACCAGUGUCCAGAGAAUCACUAUCCCAGCAAAGCCCAGGAUCAAUGCAUUCCAAAAGAGAUCAUCUUUCUAUCUUUCCAAGAGCCUUUGGGGUUCAUUUUGGCCAUUUUUGCUGUUUUAUUUUCCACCAUCACAGCUCUGGUCCUCACGGUCUUCGUUCAGCAUAAGGACACUCCCAUCGUCAAGGCCAACAACCGAGGCCUCAGCUACACCCUCCUGGCCUCCCUUUUGCUUUCCUUUCUCUGCCCUUUGCUUUUCAUUGGUCCGCCUCAGAGGGCAACCUGUCUCCUUCGCCAAACUGCUUUUGGCAUCAUCUUCUCUCUGGCGGUUUCUUGCGUGGUGGCCAAAACCCUCACUGUGGUCCUAGCUUUCAUGGCCACCAGGCCAGGCUCUCAGAUGAGGUCAUGGGUGGGAAAAAGGCUGGCACUUUUUAUAGUGCUUUCCUCCUCUUUCAUUCAAACCACUCUCUGUACUGUGUGGCUUGUGAGCUCUGCUCCUUUCCCAGACUUUGACAUGAAUUCUCUGCCUACAGAAACGGUCCUAGAAUGCAAUGAAGGCUCCACUGUCAUGUUUUAUUGUGUUCUGAGUUUUAUUGGCCUCUUGGCCAUGAUCAGCUUUACAGUGGCUUUUCUUGGAAGGAACCUCCCAGACAGUUUCAAUGAAACCAAAUUUAUCACCCUCAGCAUGCUUCUCUUUUGCAGUGUCUGGAUCUCUUUUGUCCCAGCCUACCAGAGCACCAAAGGGAAAUCUAUGGUGGCUGUGGAGAUCUUCUCCAUUUUAGCCUCAAGUGCUGGAUUAUUGGUCCUCAUUUUCUCUCCCAAAGUUUAUAUCAUCUUGAUAAGACCUGAGCUGAAUAACAGGCAACAGCUCAUGAAACAACCCCCAUGA